AUGGUCGUGGACUGUGUGUGGGAAAACAGUGUCUCGAAACGAAUCAACACUUCUGUUAGUGCACUACAGCAGUGCUGGUGUGUUUUCUCUCUCUAGAAUACCUUGGUGAAGGCGCUUUAUGACAACAAGGCAGAGUGCUCCGAUGAGCUGGCCUUCCGCAAAGGAGACAUCCUGACGGUUCUGGACCAAAACGUCAUCGGCAGUGAGGGCUGGUGGAGAUGCUCCCUCCAUGGCAGGCAGGGCCUGGCCCCUACCCGCCUGCAGCUACUCCCUGCCUCACAGGCUGCCCUGCUGCCUCCUUCCACCCGGAGCGGCACCGCAGAGUCACCGUGCGGCCAGCAAAACAUCUAUCAGGUUCCCUCCGUCCCCAAGCCCACUGUGCUGUCGUCUACCUAUGAAAAGAUGGAGGGGUGGGUUAAAUCUCCAGCGACGACUUCCACCCUACCUGCCCAAGCAAUAUAUCAGGUACCAGCGUUGGCUGCACAGCUGCUCAGUGAAAGGACGCAAAGGUCAGCAAGCCAGCAUCUGUUUACUCUCCCGCGAGCGUGCCGGGCUUCAGUCCCAAAUAUCAGGAGUGAGGUGUAUGAUGUUCCAUCCACACAGCGCCGGGAGCUCUUGCUCAUGCAGAGUGGUGCCACUCCACCCACCGCACGAAAGGGCUCUGUGCUGGUCAGAUCCGCCGAGUGUUUCCAGGAGGAGCAGAAGCAGCUUUACCACAUUCCGUCCAGCCCAGAAAAGGCAGGAGUUUUCACCCAGAAAGACUCACCAGGAGGCAAUUUAUAUGAUGUCCCUCCCAAAAGAGAAAGUGAUGUUUCAGAAAAUGAAUCUCAGAAAAAGUGCUGGGGCCAUUACAAUACUUUGCCAAAUCCUCGGAAGUCAGGAUGGAUUUAUGAUAUUCCAGUAUCACCUGAAAAACCGGGAUUAAAACAAAACCCUUCUGGCCAUUCCCUGGAGAACCAGGUGCUGUAUGACAUACCACCAGCUAGGUACAAGGCGCUAACAACAAAUACUGAAGCCAAAGUUGUAAAUUCGCAGUUAUAUGAUAUUCCACCAAUGCAACGGAAAUUAACGUUUCCAGAUAUCCAUCUUUAUGAUGUUCCAUCCUCACGGGACGUGCUCCUUUUGCCACAAAAUGGUAGCUGUGAUGUCCCCCCAGUUCUCCUGGCUCCAAAGGCUGAGAAUCAGAUCUCUGAAGAGAAUGUUUAUGAUAUUCCAAAAGGUUUGCCCACCACUGUAGAGUCCAAGAAAGAGGUGGAAAAAAGCAGCGAUAGUUCUGGAGACCAAGCAUACAGUGCUCCUCCACAGCUUUCAAGAGAUGCUAAAUUAGAUCAAGAGAUGAUAAACAGAUUAUCUGUUUCUAGUGUAGACAGCAGAACCAGCACAGCCUCUACAUCUUCAAACUCUUCUGCUGAGUCUUUUUCUAUCUCAUCAUCAGAAGACCCUGACAAAGAAAUUAAACUGGACCUCGAUGUAGCCAUAGAGACCCUGACUAGAUUGCAGCACAGCGUAUCCAGCUCGGUUGCAAGUUUAAUGAUCUUUGUGAGUAGUAAAUGGAGGUUACAAGAACAUCUAGAGAAAAGCAUUGAGGAUAUCCAUAGAGCAGUCGAUCACAUAAAAGUAUCGUUCGGAGAAUUCUUGGCUUUUGCUCAACUUGUAAAGGUAAAUGCCUCUUACCUCACUGAUAAAAAACUUCAGACCAGAAUUAAAAAACAGCUAGAAAUUCUUACAAACUCCUUCAAAAUUUUAACAGAAACAAGAGAAGCUCUAAACAACUGCAAGUGGUCACUAGAGGCUUUGGUCCUCAGGAAACCUCAGAACAACCCAGAUGAUCUUGAUCGCUUUGUUAUGGUAGCCCGCACGGUUCCAGAUGAUAUCAAGAGGUUUGUAUCCAUCAUCAUUGCCAAUGGAAAGCUCCUUUUCAGAAAGAAGGAGAAGGAACAAGAAAUGAAACAAUCAAAAGCGAUCCCAGAAUACAAAAUGGCAAAACAAAUCAUAGUGCCAAGAAGAACAGAAACUGAUUCGCUUCAAACAAAUACUCCUGAUAAAUCCAACCAAAGUCAGGUCUCUUCUGAGAAGCCAAAAGAAAACGCCACUGAGGACUGUGAUUAUGUUCAGUUACAGGUUUUGCCAUCUGCAAAGAAGACUGUAAUUCAAAGCAAGCAGGAGUCUGCAAAGAAAAUAACUCUCCCUGAGCACUGCAGGCUGUGUUUCGGUGCACUUCACAAGGCAAUUGGUGUAUUUACUAUGAGCCUGAACAACAAUCAGCCACCCGAAGUCUUCAUAUCCCACAGCAAAUUGAUCAUUAUGGUGGGACAAAAGUUAGUGGAUUCUCUCUGCCAGGAGACUCAAGACAGGGAUGCUCGGAACGACAUUCUCCACAGCAGCAGCCGAUUCUGCAGCCUCUUGAAGAAUUUGGCUCUUGCCACUAAAAAUGCUGUAAUACAAUAUCCAAAUGCAGAUGCCAUAAGGGAACUUCAGGACCAAACUGAGGAGCUGUCUAAAUACACACAGCAGUUUAGAGCAAUGUUGGAGUGA